CCCUCUGCCAUUGGUCAAAAUCAACAACUAUGAAAAUAAAAUAAUAAAAUUUAACAUGUACAACUACACUUAAAGCAUGUCUGAGUCGGAUACAUUUCGUAUCAUUUUGAUUAAAUUACCGAUACCUUGGUGAAUUUCAAUUUUUAAAAUCCAAUGCGGUAAUCUGUUAAAUAGUGACAAGUAUGUGACUCGCCGUUUUAAAAAAAAAUUCAGCUUGGUUCAACUCGCAUUGAUCAGCGGAACGCAAAUUGGUUUUACUUUUUUUUUUGGGUUGAUAUUUGCGCGGGAGAUUCGUGAAAGGAUGCAGGCGAGAGAAGUUUGCCCGCGAAAAGGCAGUAGAUUAAAUAAAAAAAAACUUUGUUACGUGGUAUAUAGUUAUCGAUCGACAGUGCAUGAUCCUUGAAUGAUUUCAAAAUUACUCAUACUUGGGAAAAAUCUGUAUAUCCGAUGCGGUUAAUAGUGUAUCGAGAAUGUUACGAUUGGUCGAAAUUGUGAACUUGCUCUUCAGUGUAACUCCGAUUAACCAAUAGGAAGCGGCCUGUUGCGCCGUCGCUACUACAGUUAGAACCUAUGAGGAUAUAAGCUGUAGCGUACGUAGAACGAAGGCUCGAACGCUUAAAAAAUAUGUGAAACUAAUCAUUUAAAAUUCACUGGGAUUUCAACUUGGUUCGUUCUUCGUUUAUGUCGUGUUAAUUGUUUGCGUUACCCUGAGAAUCCCUGGGAAUCCCGCAAGAGAUGAUCAGUUUUAUAUAGUUUGAUCCAUCCCCUUAUUUCAGUGAAAAGUGUGCGUGCGUGCGCGUUGUGUUCUUCAAGUGAUUCGUGAUGCGCGUUGAACGAUUUGCAAAAGUGCUUCAAUAAAAAUAUCUGCGGUGUAACUGUUGAAACUUUUAACUUCCGAGGAUUUAUGGUGUUCCAUAGAAUGUAUGGAAUAAAUUGUUGGCUAACUGAUGCAUUUGAAAGCGUGAAAAUUAAUAACGUAACUACACUGAACGAUAUUUGUUCGGCGCGCGUUUCAAAUCGUGUUGGUGAUUCUCUUAACGCCCAGUUAUGGCUAUCCGGGAUACCAUUGCAUUAGUUAUUAAACUUUGUAUAUUCAAAAAUUGCAGUUAUUUGCAAAUUAUGUAACUAGCAACAAUUCUACUUGGUGAUAGGAGAUAUUAUAUUAUAUACUGUUAGAAUGGAAGAAGAAAUAGUAGUAGAUGAUGUAGAUGAGAAUAGUAGUACGGAGAUUCCUCAGUCAGAUGAUCCAACAACACCCGUUAUGCCUUUAUUAUACAUUCAACAAAGUAAAUUACGUUCGGCUCCACCAACAACCACAAAUCAGACUUUGGUUUCACCUAAUGCUACUCAAUUGGCUGCUAUUAUCAAUCCAGUCAAUAAUCAGAUUGUUACUGGACAGAACAAAGUGUUUAUACAAGGGCCAAGUCAGGUUACUACUUCUCAGAAUAAACAACAUAUUGUAAUCCAUCGACCAAUUAAUACUGUCAGUACCACAACUAAUUCGCAAGGGCAGAAACAUAUAUUGCUUAGAAAGUCCAAUGCAUCUACUGCUCAGAUAGUGCCCUUAAGUACCACUCAAGGAAAUCAAACCAAUGCACAAGCAGGCAAGCAUACCUUUGCAUAUCUUGGAACUCUCAUUAAACCAAAUAAAUCGCGGGAAUCUGUUGUUAUUCCAGCAGGAGCUCUAACUACAACUCAGAUAGCUAAACCAAAAUUAGUGAUAGCACCAGUUAUAUCACAGUUAGCUCAAACUUCGACUAGUACUACUACAGGAUCUCAAAGUCAACCUCCGAAACACAUGGCUAAUUUAUUAUUACCAGUCAGCAUACCCCAACAAAGUGGACCUACUAAAUCCAAUAUGUUUAAUUUAAAAAUUAACAAUGGCCAAAUUAAUGCAGAAAGUAAAGGAACUAUUACAGUAUUACGGGAGUCAAAAACUACAAAUUCGGCUACACAUCCACCUCCUUUGCAUCCUAUUGCAAAAAUGAGUUUACUAAACGCAAAUAAAGGAAAUAACAAUUCUACAGACAGUAUAAAAAUUACAGAAAAUCCAGAUUCCGCAGUUAUUACCCCUAUUCCGAAAAAAGACGACGCUGGUAUGCCUGAGAAGCGAAAAAAGACGAUAAGCAAUAUAUUAAGAGGAUCGAGUGAAAAACGAAUGAAAAAACAAAAUCUUCCAAAGUCUACUCAAGAGAGUAUAGUUGAUGUAAGCUAUGCACUAAGUAGUCCGGAAUCAGAACAAGAUAAGGAUAAGAAAGUGCAAAAUGAUGAUGACAUUACAUUGAUUAAAGUAGUUCCUAGUGAAGAUAAAACUGUGAAACUUACUACUAAUACUAAUGUCGAUGACGAUAUAAAAAUCGAAAUUAUUAAAACACGCACAAGCUGUGGCAUUGAAUCAUUAACAGACAAUAAAAGUGAUAGUAAGAUUAAUAUAAGUAAUCAUGAAGACUUGAAAGAUCAUUUAAAUGCAACACAUAACGAUUCUAAUUUCGAUGCGGCGAAAGUUUUAGAUUGGAAGGAUGGUGUUGGUACUCUUCCAGGAAGUACAUUAAAGUUUUGUAUGAAUGAAUUUGGUAUUAUGGAAGUAGUAGAUGAAGACGAAAACAACAAACAAGGUAAAGAUUGCAUUGGUGACAAAGAGAAUGUUUGUUCGACACAGAAUUCUUCCAAGUCUACCCCUGUAACUGUUAAUAAUAUAAACAACGAAAAGAAACCCGAUGAUAGAAAAUCGAGGACUGUUUCGGCGGAUACAAUGUACCAUUGUGAAGGCUGUGGAUGUUACGGAUUAGCUGCAGAAUUUGAAAGUCCGAUAUCGUGUGGUCCAUCAUGUACGGAAAUAAUAGAAGCCAAGAAACAGCCUCCGACGCGAAAAGAAAAAGACUUGAAAGAUCUACGCGCGAAACGGAAACGUAAAAGAUUACUUCAAGAACAGCAACAGUCUAAAGAAAUAGAAGAGAAAUCUGAAGACAAAGGACAAGAGAAGGUGAAAUCUGAGACAGACGAGGAUACAAAGGAUACUAUUACAGGAAUAGAUGAAGAGAGUCAAGGAGAUAACACUGAGUCGAAGUAUCCUUGGCAGACAGGCAAACUCGGAUUUUCAUGGUCUAAGUAUCUUGAACAUUGUAAAGCAAAAGCAGCACCCGUUAAAUUAUUCAAAGACCCCUUCCCGUAUGCAAAAAAUCAUUUCAAAGUUGGAAUGAAAUUAGAAGGAAUAGAUCCUGAACACCCAUCACGAUAUUGUGUUCUUACGGUUGUUGAAGUAGUAGGUUAUCGAAUACGUUUGCAUUUCGAUGGAUAUGCAGAAAAUUACGAUUUUUGGGUAAACGCAGACAGUAUGGAUAUCUUCCCGGUUGGCUGGUCAGAAAAGAAUGGACAUCGAUUAGACCCACCGAAAGGUUACGUAGCUAGUAAUUUUAAUUGGAACGCAUAUCUAAAAAUUUGCAAAGCUACUGCAACGCCAAAAAAUAUUUUUUCAAAUAAAAGUUCAGUAUGUCCAACUGGUUUCCGCGUAGGAAUGAAAUUAGAAGCGGUAGAUAGGAAGCAUUCUUCUUUGGUUUGUGUAGCAAGCAUAGCAGGCCUAAUGGAUUCCCGUAUAUUAGUUCAUUUUGAUUCUUGGGAUGAAGUGUAUGAUUAUUGGGCGGAUGCAAGUUCUCCAUACAUUCAUCCAGUGGGAUGGUGUCAUCAUAAUGGUCAUAGUCUAACGCCACCAAAUAAUUAUAAAGACCCUAAAUCUUUCACAUGGGAUGCGUAUCUUAGGGAAAGCCGUUCCAUGGUCGCGCCAGCGAGAGCUUUUAAACAACGACCACCUUGCGGAUUUAAGCGUGGAAUGAAAUUAGAAGCGGUUGAUAAACGCGUGCCUCAACUUAUAAGGGUAGCAACAGUUGAAGACGUAAAAGAUCAUAUGCUAAAAAUACGAUUCGAUGGAUGGCCAGAAAAUCAUGCUUAUUGGGUCGACGACGAUUCCCCUGACAUACAUCCCAUGGGUUGGUGUAUGAAAACGGGUCAUCCUUUGGAACCACCAUUAACUCCAGAUAACUUAAAUGACAGGCCUGAGUGUGGAACGUAUGGCUGUAAAGGAAUAGGGCAUGUAAAAGGGCCUAAAUAUGCAACGCAUAACUCUGCAUCUGGAUGUCCGUAUUCACCUCAGAAUCUUCAUAAAGUUAGGCAAUUAGCCGAUAGACUUAAUCUGAAGCACGAGACUUGCGACUUUGAAGAUGAUGUACAGGAUAGACCAAAAUUAGAAAAAGCAGACAAAAUAAAAAUGGAAAAGUCUGAGAAAUUGGAGAAGCCAUUGUUUUCGGAGGAAAGAUUAAUGAAGACUGAGAAAGACAUUAAACAAGAAGAUGGAGAUUUCUCUGACAAGAAUGACAAAUCAGAAAAUUCGGAAAAGUCUAGUAAAUCGAAACAUCAUCACAGUGACGGACAAACGGAUGAUGACGAACUUUUAAGAAAGAGAAAGAAAAGACGACAGGUUUCUGAAGAACCUUUAUAUUCCCUUUCGAAUUCAUAUGGUGACUCGUCGCUAACUACUAUACCCUAUGCUGCAAAUAUGCCUGAUAAACAAUUACGUACAGAAUUGUAUCAAUCCGUUUACAAUCCUGGAUAUAAUCCGUUACCGGAUUCGCCGCAUAUAUGGGCGAAACAUAGCAAUGCUUUAAACAGGGUAGUAGCGAAACAGAACACGAAUCCUCGAAGGUGGUCGAACGAAGAAGUUAUCAAAUUUAUACAGAGCCUUCCCAAUUGUAAAGAAGUAGCAAAUAUCUUUAGGCAGCACAAUAUUGAUGGUGAAGCAUUUUUAAUGCUGACUCAGGAGGAUUUGAUAUCGCUAUUGGGAUUGCGUCUCGGACCUGCGAUUAAGUUGUACAAUAGUAUAGUUCUUUUACGUCGAAGAGCAACGUGAAUGAUGUGCGAUGAACGUACAUACAGUUGGAUUUUAAAGAGUGCAAAGUGGCAGCUAUUAUGACGAUUGCGUCAGAUGUAUUUAUUUAAAAUAAAGGAGAAGAAGCUUGGAAUCAUUGGGAUAGAAAUGUAUCUUCUGUCGCAAUUAGGAAUAUUGAUUUACAAAUGCAGAGAAAAUUUGUAACAAAUCCUAAUUUGAUGAUACAAAAGACAUUUGUUAAAGUGAAAGAUGAUCGUAUGUUUGAAGUUGAAAUAGACGAUUUUUAUCGAUUUGUGAUCAGGAGAUGUAACUAUAGCUCGAAUGGACGCUCAUGAUGAAGUACUUACGAUUGUCUGUUUUAAUUUUUUUCUUAUACUGUAAAGUGCAUUGAAUCAUGUACAAAUGUAAAUAUUGACGAUCUUAAUAAUUAAAUAUUGUAAUACAAAAAUAUAAGCAGUCUUUUAUGAAGGAAUCUA